AUGUUUCUAUACCUCAUAUCCGCUCUGUGCAACAUGACAAUGCACGAGAUAGCGAUUGAUGAUGAAAUGAUGCCCAACAUAACACGAAAGCUGAUAAACGAUCCGAACGCGUUUCUUCGCGAGCUUGUGAGCAACUCGAUGGAUGCCAACAAAAAAUUGGUGAUCGCAACAAAGCAGAGCGACAUCGACACAAACAAGGACAUCAUGCUUACGUUGAAGGACAACGUUUUUACGAUCGGUGAUAACGGCAUAGGCAUGAACAAGAUGGAACUCAUCAACUACAUUGGUACGAUGGGUGGAUCGGGCACACGUGCCAUGGGAGACUCUAAAAACUUUACAGGAAGAUUUGGUGUAGGUUUUUACAGCGUUUUUGUCGUGGCAGAUGAGGUGCGGUUGAUCACCAAGAAGUACGGCGAGGGCGAGACUUACGAGCUCGUGUUGAAGAACGGCCAGAAGACUUACACGAUUGAUACGGUCGCUGACAGGGGCGAGUGCGGUACAACGGUCCAGCUGAAGCUGAGCGAAGCAUUCUCCAGCGGAUUGGACGAGGAAGACCUGAAGAAGUGGAUGAAAGAUAAUUUGUUGGAGGAUCCUCUGAGAAAUUACACGAUCCGAAUGCAAACGGACCGGAUUAAAGAAAAGAAGGAGGAUAAAUCCGAUGAGAAGAAGGUCGAGGAAACGACUACCGAGGGCGAAAAGAUUGAGAAAGAGGUUGAUGAGUAUAAGAAAGUGGAUCUGUUCCCAUGGAUUGCUGCAGUAGACGAAAAGAAAUUAGAAGAUUACUAUAAGGGCAUCGAUGGGCCGGGCAAGAUCCUAGCAAGUGACAAGAUGCGUGUUACGGUAGCUCAGAAAGACAUGGAUGGCAAGUACCGGGACGUGAGCUUUGAGCUGCUUGUGGUAAUUCCAGAGUUCUUGGACCUGCGAGUGCUGGGAAUGGAGACUAAGGGCAAGCACUGCUUGUUUGUCAACAAUCAACGCAUUGAACUUGAGCCUGUCCCUGCGUUUCUCGGUCCGAUCACGUUUAUUUUGAAGAGCAGCGAAGCAUACCUGGUCAGCACCAGAGAAAAGCUGCUGAACAGCAAAGACACCUGCACAGCGCUGUACAACUCGGUGCAAAAGAAGGUGUUGCAGCUGAUGAAGGCCGAAAUGAAGAAAGAUUUGAAGAAAGUGAUGAAAGUUUACGAUUACUACAUCAAAACGGGAUAUGUUGAGUCUAAGAAAGACAAUAAAAGCAGCCUUGCCGAGGCAUUCGCAGCAGUGAUGCCGUUCAACACCUCCGAGGGACAGGUCACCCUGCGAGACUUUGUCGGCAAGUUGGGCGCGGAUGAGGAGAUUUUGUACGCAAGCAUCGGUCACGGCACGCUGGAUCUGCCAGAAGGUGUGCACAAUCCGUUGUUUGACGGCAUUAAAUCGCCAUUUAUCCUUGUAAGUGGGUUGCUUGAUGAGCAGGUGGUGUCCAUGUUGGAGUACAAAGGCAAGAAAAUGAUAAACAUUGUGAACAAAGAGUUCAAGAACAAGGAGGCAGAGAAGGACGAUGCGUUCGUAUCGUUCUGCAAGCGAGAGUUGAAGGGCGUUGUGGAUGACGUUGUGAUGAGCGUACGGCUUGUAAACGCACCAUUUUUCCUGAAGGCAAAAAAUGCGCAAUUUUCACAGGCACACAAGCAGGUAAUUGGCGAGUAUACGAUCAAAAACUCAGCAUUUAAGAAAACGAUUGAGACCGACAUUUUGCUUGAAGUAAAUGUCGAUUCGCCCGAGGUGAAGAAGAUUAAGGAGCUUAUAAAUGAGGAUUAUGACAGGGCUGUGGCAGCACUUCGUUCCGGUGUUAUUGCUGCUGGUAUAAUCUGCAACAUGGUGUACAACGACACGACAGUUGCCUUCCUCAACAUGGUCAAUGUGCAGAGGAACCUUCUCGGACUUGAAAACGCGCCAAUCGUUGUCAAGGAAGAUGAAUUUGAUGUGGACAAGGAGAAAAAUAAGGUUAAGAAAGAUUUGGAUGACAUAAAAGAGAGUGUUAGGGGACAAAAUGAGGACGGAGAGGAUGAUGUUAAUUUUGGACGAAUUGGCGAUGACGAGAGCGCCGAUGAAACGGAUGAGCGAAUCAAAAAGGAUGGGAAAGAUAUCAAGACGGGAGAUGAGGUUGAUGAAGUGAACGACCAGAAAGAUGAAGCAGAAAUGCAAUAUUCUACCACUGAGGAUGAGACCAAGGACACUAAGUUUGAGGUCGGAAACGAAAAAGUCAAGGAAAAGCCUGCAUCUGCUGUCAGAGAGGAGUUGUGA